CGGUUCAUGGGGUCACAGAGAGUCGGACACGACUGAGCGAUUGAACUAAAGUAGGGCCUUAGGGAGACCUUUUUAACAGACUCCUAGGAUAAGUCUAAUGCAGAUAGAAUACAUUAGAGAGAGAGGGGCCUAGGUUAUCUUUUGGUAAGUAUUUAGUAAAUCUGAGAGGAGAGUCAACUAUAUGGCAGAGUUAUAUAUAUUGUAGGGCGGCUGGAAAAAAUGCUUGUAACCCUUUGGUUUUCUAAAGUAGGAGAUUGCUGAGCUGAGUUUUAGAGGAGGAGAAAGAUGCAGUCAUGUGAAAAUUACGGCUGAAAGGAUGUCUCAGGCCUUGGACCUGAUGAGCAGAGGCACAGAGUGACAAACAGCAUGUGUCUUCAGGUCCAGUCUCUUGAGGGUCAAGUGGAAACCAGAUGGUAAGAUGAGAUAGUUACACAGGUCACAGCAAGAACUGUGGAUUGCUAUAGAGUAAGGAUUUGAAGCAGGGAGGGAUGGGGAGCAAUGGAGAACAAAGUAGGUUUGUAUUUUAGUUAGAUCCCCAGUGACUGAAAGAGAUGAACACAAAGACAAGAAGAUUGUAAAGCCACAUGAUCACUAAGAGUUCUAGAAACCAAGCAGCAGACAGAGGUUUUAAAAUUUGUUAAGUGCUUUUGCUGUAACAGUUUGCUUUUCAGAGGAACUUGGACAGAACAGUCAUUGCAGAAAUGUGGAAAAAGUAUAUAGGCUUGCCUUCUGUGUUGCAGAUAUUCAGCACAGUACAUAACACCUAAUCGGUGUUCAAGGUGACCGACCAAGUUUGGUUAGAUGACGUAAGUAUAUGUCCCUCAUUCCAAAAGUCACCAUAAAUGAGAUAUCUAAUGUUUGUACUUGGAGUUCUUAGCUCGGUGUCAUGACACCUUUGAUCAUUAAAUAUAAACUGAACAAGUGGAAAGGAAUCGUCCACUUUCAUUUCACUUUUACUUACACUAUGAAGUCUGGGGGAGGGGGACGAGGAGACAGCGAUGAGGACCAAAAACUGUACCACCUGCAGAUCUAAUCAUCACACUCAAAGUCACACAAAAAGAGCAUUUCUUCUUUUAAAAUGUAAUCUUCAUAAGAAGGAGGGGCUUGUCUGCCACAUAACAGGCACUCAGUAAUAGGUAAUGGACAAAUUAAUAUUCUCAUAAAGUGGUGUGUGCAGUAUAGAUGUAUGCCAGGGUUUUAACAUUGCUUGUUACUGCAACGUGCUCUGGUAGUCUUCAUUUUGUCUGAAGUUAAAGUUUUGUCAGAUACAUGCCCUGAUGAUGUUAUUUAAUCGUUGAUUUACAGUGAUUCUUGUUGCUUUUUAAACAUGUGGAAAUGGAUUACAACGAAGGCUGCUUGGAAUUUGAUCAUUAUGACUCCGAUGGUAUUUAAAUGCCCAGCACAAAUAUUAGAGCCCGAACGGGGUAAAAAAGCAGAGGGUAUCUUGAAGGAGUCAGUUUCACUUGGGUAAAAGGGAGCUAAAGUUACACACGGUCCUUAUGGACUUGCAACCUGCAGCUGAUGGUAUGGUUUGGGAAGGAUAUAGAGUGCCUGAAGUAUUGCAAGAUCCGGAAUUACGAGAAACAGGAAGAUUCAGGAUCAAUGCCAAAUUCUCUCUCAGCAGGCAUGUUUCCUGAGAGUGCUGUGCUGCAUCCUAUUAUUGUAGCAGUGUGUGUUGUGUACAUCGGCAGAAUUUUUCUUCAAAAAGUUGAGAUUACAGACAUCCUGCCAGCAUGAUUUCUUCAAAGCCCAGACUUGUCGUACCUUAUGGCCUCAAGACUCUGCUUGAGGGAGUUAGCAGAGCCAUACUCAAAACCAAUCCACCAAACAUCACCCAGUUCGCAGCAGUUUAUUUCAGAGAACUUAUUCUCUUUCGAGAAGGACACUCUUGUCUGGAUAUAAAAGAUCUGGUUAAACAAUUUCAUCAGAUUAAAGUGGAGAAAUGGUCGGAAGGAACAGCACAAGAGAAGAAAGCAGAAUGUGUGAAAGAGCCAGAAAGAGCAUCUACCAUCUCCCUAGAACCUAAACGGAUGGAAAAAUCGACGGACACAGAGGAGGAUAACAUAGCAGCACCGCUCUUCAGCAACAAAACCACUCAGUUCCCAUCAGUUCAGGCCGAGCUGGUCUCAGAGCCUGAGGACGCAAGUGAAGCACUCCAGGGUCCAUGCAAGCCGACCACCCCCAAGAACGCCACCCCACCGUCGUCACCAAUGCCAGCAGCUGUCACUUCCGAGUUUGCCUAUGUCCCUGCAGACCCCGCCCAGUUUGCUGCUCAGAUGUUAGGUAAUGUUCCAUCUGUUCAUUCUGAUCAAUCUGAAAUUUUAAUGGUGGAUGUGGCAACAAGUAUGCCUGGUAUUUCCGAGGAGAUGCUGCGCUCGAAGGCUACUGAAGAGAACGUGGUGGCCACUCCUAGUGUGUGUUCUGGCAAGAUGGUAGCAGAGCAGGUUGUGAGCGAAAAAUCUGUCCAUGUGCGUGUGGGCAGUAAGGCUGAGUCACCAACGGCUUCCUCAUUCCCCUUGCAGGGUGAACAAGAACCUCCUGCUUGUGACCAUGCUUCUGAGGUCCCUUUGCAGGCUGACAUUGAGGUGACAUCCACCAUGCACAUAGCCUCUAUCUAUAAUGAUGAGCCUGUAAUCGAAGGAGUUACUUAUGUUGAGCAGUUACCAGAACAAAUAGUUAUUCCCUUCUCUGAUCACGUUGCUCGUCUUAAAGGCAAGGAGCAGUCACCACCACACAGUCCCAUACUUGUAGUAGGCAAGACAGCCUCAGGUGGGUCUGAAAAAUCUGUGGGUUCCGCAAAAUUUGUGCAGUCGGAGAGUACAAAGUAUGACUCAGUCCAUGUGGAGGCAGACGGCUCUACCAAAGCAGUGAGCUCUGAGAAAUCCAUGCACCUUGAAGUGGAGAUCUUUGCGCUGGCCCCUGGCAGUGCUGGGCAGGAGUCCGGGGGAAACCCUGCGUCCCAGGAGACGGAGGUCAAACCCGCGCGCUCAGGGUCCGUAAGAUCAUCUAGUGGCCCCCAACCUCCUGUUCCAGAAGGUCUUUAUGAACCAGAAAUGGAACCAGAAUGGGAAGCAACACCUUCCAACGAGGUUUGAUGGAGCCAGCACUAGCAGCAAGCGAAGCAGGACAACCACCACCAUAUUCUAACAUGUGGACCCUUUAUUGUCUAACUGAUAUGAACCAACAAAGCCG